UCUGCGCGUCACGUCUGCAACCCAAGAAGCCCUCAGCGGGGCCGCCGGGUGUGGUGCCGGGUCCACAGACCCACCGGAGCGCAGCGGGUGAUGGACGGACCGGAGCCGGACGACGCGCGGGUACCGGAGAGCAACAGGUUACCGCUGUGGAUCAUAGAGUACGUGUGGGCUCACGGGACCGUGGACCUCCGGGACGUGGUGGACCCGUCCAGUUGGCCCGAGCUGGACUCGGGGCCCCUGAGCCUCAGGGCCCCGUGGAGGCUGCGCGUCUCCUCGGCCGAGGUCCACUCCAUCGUGCGGCGCCGCUCCGUGGAGCGCUUUGAGAAGGUGACGCGCUUCCUGGAGGCCACCGACCUCCUGCUGCCCGGCCUGGUGGCGCCCAUCAAGCACAUGAAGGUCAUGUUCGGCCUCAAGACCAUGGUCGUCAUGAGGAUGCUCCGGGAGGGCCGAGGAGCGGUUGAGACGGUGUUGAAAACCAUCCAGUUCUUCCCGUGUCGCCUCCCUCAGUACCACGGUCGAUGUAGCCGACAUGCGAUGUUCCUCAUGAGGAAGAACCAUCUGGACUUCAAGCUCCUGGCACAAGCACUCGCUCUGGACCAGGACAAGCUGGCCGACUACAUGAAGGCUGGGAUGGAGCAGCAGUACGGGGAGCACUACGCCCAGAAGGUGGAGGACCGGCUGCUGCACUACCUCCAGCAGUUGGAGGCGGCGCUGCCAGGAGACACCUACAUCGACACGCUCCUGAAGAAGGAGAGCCCCGUGACGCAGGAGGAGAAGCUGCUGCUGGAAGUGGUGUCCUCCGACCCCGCUGCCAUAGCGACCGCUCUGAAGAAGCUGCUGCACUGUGACGCCGCUUCCUGUCGUCCGGGCAGCGGUUCCUCAGCACAUGGGAGGAGAGCCUUGGGGAGCGCGCCUCCCUCCAAGGCUCUCCUCCAGGAUCUCCUUCAGGGAGGAAAGGGGGCGGAGCCAGAUGAGCCCCAAGGUGGACUUCUGCUGCCAGAGAACGCCAACUUAAAAACCGAGCGGGACGUGGAGGUCGUCGGGAGGUCGUCGGAGGAGGACGGUGACGAGGGAGAGGAAGGAGCCGGUCCGAGGAGCGGGGGAGGAGGCGCUCCGGAGGCCUCCACCUCCCCCCAGUUCUGCUCCAAGCACCGGCGCUGGGUGAGGAGCAUCCUGCAGGAGUGUCCCGACGAGCCGCCGCUCCGGGCCCACGCGCCUUCGUCUUCGCCGCCGCCGCUGUUCCCGUCGUCUUCGUCCGCCGCGUCCUCCCAGGACCUCACGCCCUCUGGCAUCGCCCCCCCCGGCCAGACCUCCACCUCCACCUCCACCCACCUUCAGACGGCAGGCCGGGCGUCGGAGCAGGGGAACCCCGAAGAACGGCAGCGCUCCGGGUCUCAGAGGGAACCUGCCUCUGCUGAAGGGCCCCGCCCCGCCCCCCACGGAGCGCCUCCAGGUGACGACACACAGGUGGCUCCUGCUCCGAGUCCUCGGGUGCUGACCUCUCCCCCCCGCCGGACCCCAGGGAGCGACGCCCCCCAGACGUCUUCCUCCAAACGUUCCGGGAGGCUCCGACGGGCCGGCGCUCCCAGCAGAACCCCUCGGGCCCCUCGGCACCUUGAGGAGGCGUCUGCCUCGCCUCCUCAAGGUGCACCAAAGACUCGCAGGAGGCCGAGAUCCACCGCCGCCGGGUCCGGGAGCCGCGGAGUCCGGAGAGCGGCGCCGGGGUCGGCGAGGUCGAGUCCGGCUUUGCGUCUGCAGCCCUACGUCCGUCUCCACAGGCUCAGCGCUCAGGAGUGCUGCAGACGGACGACGGAGGAGGAGGAGGAGGAGGAAGAUGUGUCUUUUGAUGUGAACGCUCUUUACUCCGGGGGCUCGUCCGGGAGUGACGGCGAGGACGCGGUUCACUGCGACCCCGAGUACAAACCUCGCUUCAAGAAGAAAAGACUCCUCUCAGAGUAGCGUGGGAACUCUCACGGGGUCUGGAGGUCUGGAGCUGUGAAGAAGCACCGAUCCAUAUUUAAUAUGAACAGGUCCCAUGAAUAAUGAGACGUUUAACAUGGUCUAUUUUUAUUUAUUAUUUAUUUUGCCUCGACUAAAUAAAGCUGAAGUUCCGUGA